AUGGACAAAACGACUCUCAAUAAAAGAGAAUUAGAAGUAUGGCAAGAACAAUUGUUUCAAUUGAAAAGUACAAUUGAAAAGAAAGAAAUGGAGUUGGAACGAAGAGAGCAAUUAAUCAAAGAGCGAGAAUCUUUUCUUACCAAACGAGAAGAAGAGUUGCACAGAAAAGAAAAUGAACUUCAAGAAAUUAACGAACUUCAAGACAACACUUUUCCAAUGCACACCACUCUUACUGAAGAUAUUAACAAUAAACAAAAUACUACACCACCUUUUAAAACCAAUACUAUUCCACCACAAAUUAAUAUCAUUGAACAUCAAGAUGAAUCUUCACAGGUUGUGCCUCCACUCAUUGAUAUGUCAUUCUUUAGUGCUGGUCUAAAACCUCAAAGAUAUCAAAAUAAUAUUCAACAAAAUGAUAUGAUGUUUACUUCUACUCCUAUUAACAGAGAUGCUCAACAAACUCAUAGUAACCCUUAUAUGCCUCAACAAUUUUAUCAACCUCAUUCUCUUCAAUACCAACAACAAUACCAACAAAAUAAUUCCCAAUUUGAUGUAUAUAAUUCUUUUAAUCAACAACUAAACGUUUCUUCUCCUCAACAACAAAUGAUGACUCAAUCUAAUCAAAUAGUCCCUCCUCAAACAUUUGUUCAACCAAUAGUUCCAUCAAAACAAACAAUAGCUAAACAAUCAAUUCAAUUCCCACAACAACAAGAAAACAAACAAAGUGAUUUUGAAAUUCAAAGAAAUAUUCCAAUUCCAGAUAAUGUUAAAAUAAAUGAAUUUGAAUUUGAAGAAAUGACACUACCACUUUCAACAAGUCAGUACAAUGAAUUAAGUGAACAAGAAAUACAACAGAUUGAACAAGAAAUGGAAAAAGAAAAAAAAGAUAAUGAAUUACUUAAACAAGAGCUUCAACAAGAAGUUCUUCAAUCAACACCUAUAAUGUCAAAAGAGAAUUGUUUGAGUG